CGUUUUCCUUUCUUUUGUUUGACGGUCGUUCACUCGUCUGUUUUUCGUUGAUUUGGCCGUUCCUGGCCUAGUUUUGCUGAGUUUCAUUCCCAAUUUAUCUCCAAUGUAGUUAUUUAAUCCCUUAUUUUUAUAAUUUGUUGACAUGAUUAAGUGAUCAAUAUAAAAUGCCUGGAAUAAGAAAGUAUCGGCGUGAUACCAGCGAAGUCAGCUGUUGUUUAAAAUAUGUUAUAUUUGGUGUUAAUGUUUUGUUCUGGUUUCUUGGUUUGAUAAUACUGGCUGUUGGUGUGUGGGCAUGGACUGAGAAAGACACUUUCAACAAUUUAUCUAGACUAACCAGUAUAGCUUUGGACCCAGCAUUCUUAUUGAUAUGCAUUGGCACGAUAACAUUCAUAAUUGGGUUCACGGGCUGCGUGGGCGCACUGCGUGAGAACACGUGCUUACUGGCUUGCUAUGCAGUGUUCUUGGCGUUGUUGCUGCUGGCCGAAAUGACGACGGGCAUUUUAUUCUUCGUUUUCAAGGAUUGGAUAAAACUACAUGUUACAACUGGAUUCCAAACAUACAUCACGCAUUACAGAGAGGAUCCCGACCAGCAAAACUUGAUUGAUUGGAUUCAAGAAGAUUGGCUGCAAUGUUGCGGCGUGGAGGGUCCGCGCGACUGGGACCGCAACGCGUACUUCAACUGCUCGAGCGGCGCGGUGGGGUCGCGCGAGGCGUGCGGCGUGCCCUUCAGCUGCUGCCGCAACAAGCCGCAGGACAUCAUCAGGAACAAGCAGUGCGGGUAUGACGUCAGGAAACCUACCUUUAGUUUUGAUGUUGCUAAGAUAAUAUAUGACAGGGGCUGUAUAGAGGCGGCCGAGGAGUGGCUCGACCGAAACCUGUUGACUGUAGCUACAUCCGCUGUUUGUAUCGCUUUUGCACAAAUCCUGGGCAUCUGCUUCGCUCAGAACCUGCGCGCGGACAUAUUCGCGCAGAAGGCGAAGUGGCACUGACAAUCAGCCUCUCCUGCCGCCGUGUGACGUCACCGUCGCGCCGCCGCCCUCUACACCGCGCUCUACUCUUAACUCCGCCCGGGAACCUAACGAGUCACUCCGGGAUAGUCCCUCUUGGCUAAUAAUUAAACAGGUCUCUUCGUGAAUUAAUUCAAGACUAAGGCCCGUGUUCACAAACGUUACUUACAAAAGUACGGAGCAAUGCUGUGAUAAUAAAUCUGAUUUUCAGGACAGCUUUUGCAGUGUGUAAGCGUAGGGACGCAGUGGCUUAUAUUGACAUACAAGUCUACUUUAGUUGGCUGUCGAAAAGUCAAAUAAAACUGGAAAUUACCGUCACUAUGCGUUCGGUCGCACUGUGCGUCCUCAUAGUAUUGUUUGUGAAUAUGGGUGAAAUGGUCACUGGUAGAAUAGCAAUUGUAGUGUUUCUAGGUGACCAGAAUUUUAUAAUGCUGAGGCGGUAGUCUCGAGAAAAAGCAGCGAACGUAAACUCCUGCCAUGGGAAUUAACUGUUAAGUCACUCGAAAUAUUAAGAGUUAAUUUCGAGAUUGCCGUCCCUGAUAAGUGAAAAACGACCGUGAUGUCAGCGAGGUCACAGGGACUACUGGUUUCUAGAUUAUUCCAACGGGCAGUAAUUUUACUUAGAUUAGAUACAGCAAGAAUAAGCCUUUAGAUAUGUAGAUGACUGACUGACUAAAAGGGCAUUUAUGAUGCGAGAAAAGUUUUUGAAUGAUGCCUUACAAUGUCCAUACCCUGCUGUUUUGAAUAAACGAUCCCAAUCGCUUUUUCGAUGUAUCGCUAAAACAGACCAAUCAGAACAAAGUUUGUUUUGACAUUGCAAAUGACUCAUUUUGAUUGGUUUAUUCUUGGCAUCGGAUCGAAGAUUAAGAUCGGGAUUAUUAUUAAAAUGGUAGAUAGAAGCUUAAAUCAUUGUGUUUAAAAAUUUUAACGCGUGUUAUAACUGAAUCGCUUCAAUUUCAUCUCUUACUAUUCCCAGGCUAUCUCAUGAAAUUUCUUGCUACUUGGAUAAUUCUUCGACUUUCCCUACCCUUACAUCUGUCAAAGUGAAUUUUAUAAAAUGUUAUUAAAUUGUUAAGAUAGUCCAGUAUCUAAAUAUCUAUAGAGACGGUCAGUUUUAAAAUUAAAAUACGAUAUAAAUCAUCUUUACCUUUGAUAGUGAUACUUGGAUACAAUAAAUCGCUAGAUUGACUAAAACCUUGACGUUAUAAUAUACAUUAUAUAUGGCAUAUUUUUAAAUAAAACUGAUACAAACGGAGCCAUAACUCAACAAUCCAAAAAAACUGAACUUACACCUUAAAUAUGGAAACAAAAAUCCUUUUUCAGUAUAUACAAUUUUAUAUCAAAAUUAAUUUUAAAACUGAUUGGAUUUUAUAGUGAAGUGUUCAAAAAUUCGCCAAUAUUAGCCUUAAUGGGAGCUGUGAGAUGAAUCUAGAAAGAAAUUAGUAUUAUAAAGUUACAGCCACAUUGUAUAUAGGAUUGUUACGCUGUGUAAAAGUCGAUGCAUUUCUGCCAAUAGAAUGAAAAAAAGUUAUCAAUAAGAUCAAUGAUAACUUGUUUUUACGUGUUUUGAAAAUAAUAAAGGUGGUUAAAAAUUUCUUACGAUUUAGCAACGAUUUAAUAAUAACCAGGUGUUCAUUUCAAUCGAUAUGAUACGAUAUGCAAAAUCGACAAUAACACACUAAAAAUGGAGAGUAAAAAAUGCAAUCUUUAAAUCUAUAAAAUACUAAUUUAAAAGAAUUAUUUUGAUAUUUUUAAGUUGUAAAAAUCGAUACUAUUGAUAUCGAUUAAUAAUUUGGAAUCGAUAUAUCGAUUAUAACGUACAAGAGUGACAAUCCUAAUGUAGAUUUAUAGAUAGUAUUAACUGAUGUAGAUCUAAACUGCCUGUUAAAGUAAAGCGCAUAGAGGUCGAGUGUCGAGCUGCAGGAGAAUAAUGGUUGACAAUAUUUAAGUUACAUUAUAGUUAAAAAAGUAUAUUUUACUAUUAUUAUAGGCAAUACUCAUUUAUCCGUUCUGAUGUAAGUUAGAAGCCAUAACGAUUAACGAGUUAUCGAAUAAUGAGGAAAUGUUAAUUGAAUCUCAUCCCUAAUGCAAGAAGAUUCAGUAACAAAAAACAUAUAAAUGAGAUUUUUGAAAAUUCUCCGUGUAAGUAAAUGUAUUUUUGUAACAGUAUUGAUAUUGUACACAACUGUUCAAUUUGAAGAUAACUCGUUUAUCGACUUAGAAUAGGAAUUAAUAAUUUGGGGCGUGUGCGUUUUUAUACAAUUUUUUGCCCUGGAAUUUACUGUCCGAUGAGAUACAUUGCCAGAGUUUACUUAAUAGUGACGAAUAACAAAUCAAUAUGCUGUAUUGACGUGAAAUUAAAACGUGAAAAAUUCUUUUUGCACAAGUUAGAUUUAGUAUAAUUUUAAUUGUAAUCUGGUUUUCGUAUUUUUUUUUACUUUGAAAUCUCUAAUUGAAUCAUCAAUAUUAACAUUCCUUAAAGUGUUCGUUUGUCGUUUACUAAUAUUUUUAUAAUUUUUCUGUCCAAUUUUUUGUAUAAUAUAUAUGAUGUCUUGUUUUAAAAUCCUAUUGAAGUAUUAUAAUGAAUUUAUUAUGUUCCACUAGUGUUGCAGAUUUGAUGCUCUAUUGGCAUAUUUUGAAUCGCAAGAAAAUAAUAAUACAACUAUAUUUUUGCACUAUACAUUUAUUUUUAUGCUACACUCGAAUUUAUUUUUUGCUUAGGCUAAUUUUAUUGAGAAAAUGUUUAUACGGAUUUGUGCCACGAUGUUAAAGAAGUAGGUAAUUUUAGCGUAUUUUUUUCUUUGGUACUUCUACAUAAUAUAUCUUAAUAUAUAAAAGUACUAUUAUAACGAGAACUCUUACACGAGCCUCUUGAUCUCACUGUCUACGCCAUUCAAUCGAGUAAAGGGCAAAUUUAAUCCACAAUGUUGAUAUACUGAGUUGAAAUAGAUUAUAUUCUCCUUAGCUCUGAUUCCUCAUGUCACACGCUAUUUUGACAGUCCAUAACGUAUAGCCACGAUUAUGAGAAUUGAAAAUUGCAUUCAGCCAAAGGUGGCCUUAGGGAAGGUGGACCGCGCAAUCAUCCGGGGUGCCUUGGGUCUAUUUUACUAUCUUACCCGUGAAAUUGGUAAUAUCGGGGAACAUUCGUUUGCUCCGACCGGGGCUUUACGUCGUGUUGUUUUUACUUUGCCUGGGGCCUCACGUCCUUUACGCCACUGUAGGAUAGCAAAUGUUACGAAAAAAACGGAACAUGGUCAGAGAAUAAGGCUCCUGGAUGUUAUACGCAGAAAGUACUAAAAUUACCUACUUCUGAUAAUAGAUUGUCAAAAGGAAUUAAGAAAUGCGCAAAAUAGUACUGGAAUUUAUAAGCUAAUGUUGGCUUCAUUAGACGCAACAUGUUGUUAAUGUUAUGCGGAAUUUGCUGAUUGUACAUUAUUUAAAAUAAUUUAUUUAUUAUAAAUUUAAGAAUAUUUACGCAGUGUGUGGUUUCUAUGGUGUCUUAUUUUAUUUUGAAUUAUCACUUAUUAUAAAGAAAAUGGUGUGGUAAAAUGCUUUUUAAAAUAAUUAAUACAACUUUUUAUACAAUUAUGAUGUUUACGUGAAAUAUGGCGUUAAAACUUAACAUUACAUUUUGAGCACACAAAAUAUAAUUUUACGGUUUCUGCUUUAACAUUAUAUAAGUAAACAAUCAGCAAGUUUUGCUACCGACGGUGCCUUUAUUUGCUGUUGUAAAAAUAUACAUAUUUAAAUUAUUAUGAAACAAUGAAAUUAUUUUUCUGAUAUUAAAAAGUAUUUUGUAAUUUUAUAACGUUAUGUUCGCUUUUAUUAGACGUUAGAGAUUGUAUACUAGUUAAACAGAUUUGUAUUAAAACGUAGUGUAGACAUUUAUAUUAUUUCUUUAUAAAUGACUUAAUAUUUUACAUACAAUAAAAAAAUGGUAACGCAAA